AGUUGUGCAAACUCAAGAUUAAAAGAUCAAACUGCAAUUAUUGCAUUUCUUCUGACUCUUUUGAGCAAUUCACCAGUACCUGUGCCUUAAGAGUUUUCACAGUCACUGACAGGAAGCCAUCUGCUCAGAAGGUCAUAUGGCUGUUUGAGGUUUCACUGCAAACGACUUGGUGCUAUUCAAGAAACUGUGAGAUGGCGGAGAGUAAGAUUGAGUUUUCUGUGAAAUGUUCCACUCAGCUAAAAAGCAGAAGUACAUUCUCCUUGCUGGAGGCUGUUCUUUCUAUGGGUUACCCAGAACACAUAGCGCGGAAAGCUUUAGCUGCCACUGGAGGAAGAAGCGCACAAGAGGCUGCUGAUUGGAUAUUCACUCAUCGUAAUGACCCCACUUUAGAAGAUCUCAUCCCGCAAGAGUAUGUUCUGUACCUGUGUCCGUCAGGUCCACUUUGGGACAAGCUAAUGGCCUUCUGGUCCAAAAGUCAACAACACUGCGGUCGGAAUCCAGCACAUGAAGUCUUCCCCCAUGUUACUCUCUGCCACUUCUUCACAGUAAGGCCACUUUGUAUCUGUGGAAUAUUUGCAAAAGACUUUGAUGUUGUUAAUGUGAUCUUAAAAGGUGUUUGAUUUUAUAGAAGCUUUAAGGUGAA